CAAGCCCUAAAAGUGAUCCUGAAGAGUCACGUUGUUCAUUCCUCUUCGGUGCUUAGGUUGUUCCCCUUUCAUUUCCACACAAGCGAAUGGCUAUCUUUGGCUCCCAUUAUCCUGCAUGCCAUUUUUGAUACCUCUGCAGUGAAGAUGUCUCACAGUCACCACACAGUUCACAUGAACCAUACAAUGAGCAGCACCAUGCCAUCCUCUGUGCAUCCGCCAGAACAUUAUCACCCUACGAUGUCACCAGAACACAAUCAUGAAGGAGGAAUGAUGAUGAUGAUGAUGGAUAUGACUUUCCACUUCAGCUAUAAGAAUGUGCCUCUCCUGUUUUCUGGACUUGUGAUCAAUACACCUGGAGAAAUGGCUGGUGCUUUUGUGGCUGUCUUCUUCCUAGCCAUGUUUUAUGAGGGUCUCAAGAUAGCUCGAGAGUGCCUGCUUCGUAAGUCGCAGGUCAGCAUUCGCUACAAUUCCAUGCCUGUCCCAGGACCAAAUGGCACCAUCUUGAUGGAGACCCACAAAACAGUUGGACAACAGAUGCUGAGCUUCCCUCACCUGCUGCAAACCGUGCUACACAUCAUCCAGGUGGUGGUCAGUUAUUUUCUCAUGUUGAUAUUCAUGACCUACAACGGAUACCUCUGCAUAGCUGUGGCAGCAGGAGCAGGAACUGGCUACUUUUUCUUCAGUUGGAAAAAAGCUGUGGUUGUGGAUAUCACUGAGCACUGCCACUAAUGCUAGACACAUCAAGAACCUCUCUGCCCCUCUGCUCACUCUAACUCUAGCCAUUCAGAGAAUGAGGAUCAUUCCCAAACUGACUGAAAACCAAUGUACAUCAAUACAAUCAAUGUGGGUUUUACCACCAACUUCCUACCUGGGACAGUGCCUGGCACAUGGGGAUUCCUUGCACUGGGGAACAGUGCCAUGCCUUUCUCACAUGGUAGCCUGGUACCUGGGCCAGGCAGACCAGCUUUCAGGAGCUGUGUGGGCACCAUCUUUGGUGAUGAUUUAUUUUUAGAUACUAUCCCAAUUUGAAACAAAGUUGGCACACAGAACUGUGCAAAGUUAUUCCAAUGCCCUUUUAGAACGAUGUAUUUUUAACCAGGAAAUGGUCAGCAGCAAGAUUUUUAUGAAUGGAAGAUAAAGGUUGAAUUAGAUGAUGGAGGUGAUAUGUGAAAAUAACAUUCAUUUUUAAUUUUUUUUAAUAAUUGAUACUUAGUGCAAAGGAGAAAGCUGUCAGGGGUCUGAACCAAUAACACUUUCUGGGACUCAGUCCUGGAAACAGUGCUCUGCAUCAUGUUGUUGGGAAAGGGCAGGCCCUACUGACUCACGGGCCCAAGCGUGCCCUGAGAAAUGUGCUCUGAAGCAGGUAUGGUGUAGCCAUAUACCCCUACACCAGACUGAGACCAUUUUCCAAGCCUGUUGGAGGGUGUUCAGCAUUGAUACUUUGCUGACUUAUCCAGAAGGCUCCAACCAACAACAUUUCAGUUGGGCCAUUUCCCAUUUACUGAUCACUGAAGAGUACUCAGUUGGCAUAGGUCAGUAGUCUCUCACUUGGGUAGCAGGGAGAGAUUUUAAGUAACCAUGGAACUGAUGCCAACUUUGUCCUGAUUGGCAGUUGUGCUUAGACCCCCAUUUAUCAUUCAGUGAAAAUCGUUGGUGGAACAGCACAGCCAAAUAAUAACUUGUGACAUUAUUUCGUAAAAACCAAGGGAUACCAACAGGGUUUUUAGGGGUAAAAUAUCCAGAGAAAAGGAGAUCCCUUGGCUGGGCUGGGAGAUGAAGAACCAGACUUCUAUGAGAGAAUGGGGAGUGGGGGUCCAAUAGCUCCUCUUGAGGAGGGAGGGGACUAUAAGGCCAAUAAAAAGCCAUCCAGCCCCUAAGGACUUCUCUUUUCCGUAAUCCCCAAGUCUUAGACUUUCUCAGCGUGGCUGUGUCAAGGCAGCAAGUGUCAAUGCCAGUGACAGAGCUGCUUAACAAUGUAGCAGAGAACUUUCUAGCUUGUGCUAGGAGCCAAACAGAUCUUACAGGGAAAGCAGGUUCAGUUCCUGGAUAGGAGAGCCCUACCACGGAACGCCUGAGGUGCUGUAGGGAGUAGCAUUAAUUCUGCUUCUGGUACUAGGGGAGGCUGUGCUUUUCAAUGUGCCAUCUUUCCAAUGAGAGGUAAAACUGAGGUCCUGAUUUGAUGUUAAAGAUUGUCCAGCCUUUUUUUAGAAGAGAGUGGGCAUUAACCAGAGCAUGCCAGCCUAUUCUGACUGGAGAAAAACUGUUCAGCCUCCCCAAAACCCUCUGUGGUUUAAUUGGUAACCUCAUCCCUUACUUUCUCUUAUGCCUUGUAAGGUGUGAAAUGGCAGCUGUGAGGCUCUUACCAGGAUCUCUGUAUACCAUCGAUCUCAAAUUUUGGCCUGAGAACAGUUUUUGGCUCUGAGAGCUCUUCCUUGUAGGUACCUGGCUUUGGGAAGGUGGACUUGGGUCUUUUCCAGAGGUUGACAUGGAUGGGAAAGCUGGAGAAUUGGUUCUGUAUAGAGUUGGUUGGCUAAUUUAUAAGAUGCUUUGUGAUGAAAGAUGCUACAAAAUGCCAGUUACAGAGUUCCCACACCUGACGUGAAGGACAGGGCUGCUUGUUUUCUAGUAGCCUCUUGAACAACUCUGGUAUCCCCAUGUUCUGUAAUUUACGUUUUUUUUCCUCCUUUGGUGACUUUCUUCCUGUUCCUGAUUCUGUAAAGAAAGGUUGGGCUGGCCCAACAGGUACACUAGGUAAAAUUGCUCAAGCAAGGCAGGGAUACAUCUAGUCUCACAUCCUGUCUCCAACAGUGGCCAGUACCAGCUGAUUCAGUGGCAAGUGAAACCUUAACUGCACUGUUUAAACUUAUAUUGCUGUACUGCAGCAAGGGAAAGGAAAGGAAAGUUUCCUUUCCCUCUUUGCUAACAGCUCUGUCUUCUGAAGUUGGAGUAACAUCCAUGCUUUUCAUAGAGACCUCAAACAGCUGCUUACAAUAUUUGCUCUUUAAUCUUUGGAGUAUUUCAUUGAUUAAAAAAAAAAGCAGGGUAGCAGUGUCAGAGGAGGUUCCUCAGUUCAGCUCCACUUUGUGAACCAGAUUAAGUUUGGGCUAGAGAAAUAGCCAGUUACUUGAUAUUUUUUUUUCCCCUCCCCCUUCCUUACAUGACAGACACUGGGGAGCCUUCCACACUGGCCUUAGUUAUUUCAUAUACUUUGGCUGUUCUUUCUGAAGGAGAACAUCUCCAGUUGGCCUAAUCCUUUAGCGUGAAAGCUUCUGGACUUUUUUGCUUUUGCCUUAAGGUCCCCCAUUUUACCUCACUAUCUGAGGGGUGGAUCACCCCGUUGAUUAGACACAGCCUCCACACUUGAUGGAGAAUUCUGUCCUUGUCACAUUAGCUUUUCUAAACUCUUCUGGGGCAGCCUCUGUUUUUUUGGGAGGAGACCUGUAUUCUGUGCUCAUAUGGCCUUCACCAUAGUAGCUGAGCAGCUCAUAAUCCAGAGGAUUUGCCCUCGCAGCUAUGUUGAGGGGUAGGGCAGUGCUGUUAUCCCUGUUGCAUAGAAGGGGAUCUGAGACACUAAGUAACCUGAACAAGGCCACACAGUCUGUGGAGCAGGUAACUGAACUCUUGUCUUCAGUCCCAGGUUAGUAGCCAAACCACUCGAUGACCCUUUUUUCACUGUUUCUGUAAGAUGUCCUGUGUUGGAAGCCAGCUAGUUGUUGGGUAUCUGACUUGGAAAUUAGUUCCCAGAGCUCUGGAGAGAGCUGCAGUACUGGGGAGUGUUCCUGAUUGCUGGGAGGAAGAUCAAAUGUGGAGUCUCUGGAGUCCUGUUCUUUAUUCUUUCCUUGAGAACCAGUCUCUUCUGCCUGCUGCUCUCCCAAUGUAACUCACCUCCCUACAGGUGCUUCUCCACUCCCUCUGGCUGGCAGAUGGUACGGGGAGACUUUUUGUAUUGGGAGCAGAGGCUUGGGGUGGAAAAGCCAGCUCAGAGCUGGCAGUGCCUCCAGCAUGUGAGGUGGAACAUAAAGGAUGUUCUGGUGCUAGUCAGGCCCAGGUAGGGAUCUGAAGAAAAGAGGUAAUAACUAAAGAUCCCUCAUGCAUGUGAUUGUCACCUGCUCUCACAGUGCUCUCGACUGCAGCCCUAUUCCCUUGGCACUUAACCAGCUGAGAGUUCCUCACCAUCCGCACUGGAUUUUCCAGCUGGAAUCCUUUCACAUCACUUACAUGCUUCACAAAUUGUCUAAUCAUAGCCAGGACCUUUUAUCACUACAUCCCACUUGCUAAAAGGGCUACCUAUUACCUCUGUGGUUUUCUUCGAGCCAUAACUGGGCUCCAUGUUUUUUUUCCUUUGUCAUUGUGUGUUAAUUAAAAACCUAGUGGUCUGUUUAUAAAGUCAGUUGAAAAGGGCACGUACAUCUUGGUGUUACAGCUGGUGUAUCAAGGGGGGACUGAUGUAUUACAGUGUUCCCUGACUAGGCUGCUGUUCAGUUUGCCAGUUGUCUGGUGAAGUACAUCUGCCCUCAUGGCAACUUCUAAUGACAGCUGGCUGGAGUUUUUUGACAGGUGUACUUGAGGCAGUCCUGUUGCUAAUUUGCAGCUUUUCUUUGUGCGGGGUUGGAAGGGAGGUAAGAACCCAGUGAUUACUAAAAUUUUAAUUUGCGCUUAAAUGAAACAUGUAUGCAAUAUGCAAAGAAUGUGUGAUGUCCUAGAUCUAAGUGUUUUUAGUUUUCAAACAAGUUCAUCUCUUGAUUGCAACCUUGGAAGAAUUGCACAAAGCAUUCAGGCUCUGCCGAUCCACUACAAAGAAACUGGCUUUUGCUAUUUUAUCCAAGUGCCUUUUAGGAAUCAAUUGUGCUAGUGCCUUUUUAGUUUGAUCUCUAGCUGAUUCCAGCUGUACUUCAGGACGUAUGGUUUUGGCUACAGUGGACCAUUUAAUUUGCCUUUUAUUGUUUGUGAAGUCAACUUGUUCAAUGCUGGUGCAUGUAUCAAGAUCCUCCUGUAUAUAAUUAGUGAAUAAAGUAGACUGCAUUUUA